AUGUCAGUGCGAAAUGGAAUUUGGAAGGGUCUAUUGGCUCUGCUGGCUCUUUAUUCCUUUAUGUUUAAAUGUGAUAUAAACUGCACCAAGAUGGUGUUAGGAUUAGGAAAUUGGGGAAAAAGUGAUCCGAUAAGUGCUGUCAGGGUCCCGCUUUCUUCUGCCAUUCAUUCUGGGCUGCUGGGGAAACAUGUUAAGAACUCAUUUGCAUCAAAGCUCAGUAAAAAUCUUCAAUUAAGUAGUUCGAAAAUGGGAACUAAAUUUUCGGCAAAAUCUGCAAUUCUCUUCCAUGUCAUACUGCUAGUUCUGGUUUUCAAAACAAAAGCUGGAAGCAUAGUGGUUUAUUGGGGCCAAGAUGGGAGGGAAGGCACACUCACAAGUACAUGUGCCUCACGAAAAUAUGAUAUCGUAAACAUAGCCUUUCUCUCAAUUUUUGGCAACGGCCGAAAGCCUCAAAUCAACUUAGCUGGUCACUGUGACCCAUCCUCAAACGGUUGCCAAAAAGUGAGCAACGACAUCCGUAAUUGCCAAAACCAAGGCAUCAAAGUUAUGCUUUCCAUUGGUGGUGGAACUAGUGGCUACACCUUAACUUCUGAUGCUGAAGCUAGGGGUGUAGCAGAAUAUUUAUGGAACAACUUCCUUGGUGGACGAUCAAAUUCAAGGCCACUAGGUGAUGCCGUUUUGAAUGGCAUAGACUUCGACAUAGAGGGCGGAAAACUUCACUACGUAGCUCUUGCCACUAGAUUGUCUGAGCUCAGCCGAGGAGGCAGGAAAGUGUACUUAACCGCGGCACCACAGUGUCCUUUCCCUGAUGAUUGGCUCGACGAUGCACUUGCCACCGGACUUUUUGACUAUGUGUACAUCCAAUUUUACAACAAUCGUCCAUGUGAGUUUAAUGCCAAUAAUCCUAAGAAAUUUAAGGAUUCAUGGAGCCAAUGGACGUCAUCUGUUCCAGCCCAGAAGUUCUUUGUUGGGCUUCCAGCUUCUCAGCAGGCUGCAGGCAGUGGUUAUGUAGGAACCGACCUACUCAAAUCGCAAGUGCUGCCUUUUGUCAAGGGUUCUUCCAAGUACGGAGGUGUCAUGCUUUGGAAUAAGUACCAUGAUGAUCGAAAUGGAUAUAGUUCCCAAAUUAGGAGCAGUGUUUAA